AGCCCGCCAGGGGCCCCUUCAGGGCCCGGAAGAGAGCCGCCGGCAGAGGGCCUCAGCACGCGGCCUGGCCAUGUCGAUUCACAGGAAGAGGCUCGCGCGGGAGCUGCCUCAGCUGCGCGCCAAGACGCUGGAGCGCGAUGGCUUGGCGUUUGAGGGCGACCCGGACCUCGAGCCUGGGCGCGGUGGGGCAGUCGAGUUCGUCCUGCUGCUGGCUGGGCCGAGAGAGUCUCCCUGCGAGGGCGGCGUGUUCAGGCUGGAGGUGGCAGUGCCCCCGCAGUACCCUCUGGAGCCGCCCAAGAUGAGGUUCCAGACGCGGCUCUUCCACCCCAACGUGGGGUGCGGCCACACGCCUGGAGCUAUCUGCCUCGACAUCCUGCGGAAGGAGGCGUGGAGCCCCUCGCUCACCCUCGAGCGGGUGCUGCUGUCCAUCGCCUCGCUGCUCGCCGACCCGAACCCGCUGUCGCCGAUGAACAGCGAGGCCGCGCGGCUGUACACGGACGACCGCCAGGCCUACGACAGGCGGGUCCGCGAGUGCGUGGCGCAGCACGCGCGCCCCGCCGGGGCCGGCGGCGGGGCGUGGCUCGGAGACCUCGCCCCACGGCGCGGCGAGGGGGCCGCAGCGGAGGAGUCGGGCGGGUGGGAAUGGGACCUACAUGGGGGUUGGAGAAG